CAACCAACCAACUCCCUAUUUUCUCUCCGCAAAUGUUCUAAUGGCUUCACCUGAAAACUUACACCCGUUUCUUUUCCGAAACGCCUUCCCUUAUUCCGACGAAACGUUAACCAUCACCAAAGCCCUACAAAAAUCCCUCUCCUCCUCCUCCGCCGUCUCCGACACCGCGGAUUACGAUUUCAAUCCAUUUCUUUACCUCGCCGACGCCGCCGCUCCUCCAACUCCUCCAACUCCGUCUACUUCUAUUCCGCCUCCUCCCAAGCGUUGCCGGAUUUCUCCCGCCGCGAAAGUCACCAAACGGAAAUCACGCGCUUCUAAAAAAUCUCAGACGACAUUUAUAACAGCCGAUCCGGCUAAUUUCAGACAGAUGGUGCAGCAGGUGACCGGAGUUAGAUUUAGUAGUAAUCCUCAGUUCCCGGUUGUACCGGUGCUUAAGCCGGAGGCGCAGAGACCGGGGAACCGGUUGUACGGUGCGGGUGGUUGCUUGCCGACGUUAGAUACGUCGGCGGUGUUGCUUGAUCAUCAUCAGGAACACUUGAAGGAACAGCAGGUGGUUGGGAGUGGUCGUGGGCCUGUUGUUGGGCCUGUGGACUUUGAUGCUUUUUCUAGCUUUCCUACUCUAGAGUCUUGGAAAGUUAUGUGAAUUGUAUUUUUGUUUCUUUUUGGGAGAAAAAUGAUAGAUAUGUUAUUACUUAAUUGGGAUGGAUAUGUUUAUAUUUUUUAGUGUAUCAGAUAUAUUAGUAGUAAAAUUAGUUUCAUAUUUCUAGUAA